AUGAAGGCAUACGUGGACGACAUGAUAGUAAAGAGCAGGCAAGGUGAGUCUCAUGCCAGUCAACUUGAGAAAGUCUUCGCAAUAUUUAGAAAGAAUAACAUGCGCCUGAACCCGGACAAAUGUACGUUCGGAGUAAAGUCGGGAAAAUUUUUGGGAUAUAUGAUCACUCACAGAGGGAUAGAGGCCAACCUUGAAAAAGUGCAAGCAGUAAUUGACAUGCAGCCCCCAUCCUCUGUAAGAGAAGUUCAAAGAUUGAAUGGUCGAUUGACGGCCUUGGGCAGAUUCCUCUCCAAGCAAGCUAAGCGCAGCCUCCCUUUCUGCAAGGCUUUAAAGGGAGGCAAGAGCUUUCAGUGGACUCCUGAGUGCGAGAAAGAUUUCCAAGAGUUGAAAGCAUAUCUAAAGAAGAUUCCUCUAUUGACACGGUCCGGAAGUCGGAGAAAAAUUAUGCCUAUACCUGGGAUCAGCCAUCAGGCGGUAAGUGUCGUUCUCGUCAGACAACUCGGCCAGAUUGACAGCCUGUUCCAAGGCACUUUUGAAGCAAGGGAACCACUAUUGGCCCGUUAUUUACAGAAGGUAAAGGAGCUCGCUCCUACGUUCGAAUGCUUUGAACUCAUUCAGAUCAAUAGGUCUCUUAAUCAUCACGCUGAUGCACUGUCCAAACUGGCCUCCGCUCAAGACACCUCAAGACGAUUGAUUCACAUGGAGGUCCUACAACGACCGAGUGUGGAAACAAGUGAAGAGGGUGUUCAUUGCAUUGAUGUAGUUGACGAUUGGAGAACGCUGAUAUUGAAAUAUCUGCUUAAUCAGGAGCUUUCAGCGGCACCCUCGGAGGCAAAAAGGAUGAAGACCAAGGCAGCCCGCUUUGCAGUUAUUGGCCAAGAGCUGUAUAAGAGAGGGUAUUCAGUACCAUUAAUCAAGUGCUUGGGAACACGGGAGGCAAAUCAGGCCCUGGAAGAAGUUCAUGAGGAGACUGCAGUGAGCAUCUCGGUGCCAGAGCGUUGGUUGGGAAAAUCCUACGAGUAG